CCAGAGCAGGAAUCGUUGUUGUACGUAAAACUUUUGUGCACCGCGGGUCGCUUUUAAAACAACUUAUCGAAAUCACCAGACACGAUGGCGUACUACAAGGGUGCCGCCUCGGAAGGGGGCCGUGCCGCUCAGCUGAUGAAACGGCGCGAACUAGCCCAACAAGAGGUCGAAUUUCGCAAGAAGAAAAUCGAGGAGGACCUGAAGGUGAGCAACAUCGAAAACAAAUUCGCCGCCCAUUACGAUGCCGUGGAGCAGCAGCUCAAAAGCUCCACCAUCGGGUUGGUUACCCUGGAUGAGAUGAAAGCGAAGCAGGAGGACAUCGUCCGGGAGCGUGAGAAAAAGCUGGCCCAAAAGAAAGAGGAAAAGGAUAAGGAAAAGCUGAAAGCGCUCGAAGCUAAGCUAGCCGAAAAGGACCGCCAGAAGCGGCAGAUACAAGCGCUAUCGUUCGAUCCAGAGGAUGAGCCGGAAGGGAAUGAGCAAUCGGAUCAGGAGUCGGAACCGGAGGAUAAGAAGGAAGAUCUGGUCGUUAAGCGUUCCUGGAAGGACGAGGUACCGAGUGGGGUGAAGAAGAUUCGCAAAAAUCCGGAUGUGGACACGUCGUUCCUGCCAGAUCGGGAGCGUGAGGAGCGUGACAACAGAUUGCGCGAGGAGCUGAGACAGGAAUGGGCCAUGAAACAGGCCACGUUGAAGGAUCAGGAAAUUACCAUCACGUUCAGCUACUGGGAUGGUUCUGGGCACCGAAAAUCAGUUGUUAUGAAGAAAGGUAACUCCAUUUAUCAAUUCCUGCAAAAGUGUCUCGAAAUGCUUCGAAAAGACUUCAGCGAAUUGAAAACGGUGAUGGCCGAUCAAUUGAUGUACGUGAAGGAGGAUUUGAUAUUGCCCCAUCAUUACACAUUCUACGACUUCAUAGUGACGAAGGCUCGUGGCAAAAGUGGCCCGUUGUUCAACUUCGACGUGUUUGAUGAUAUUCGUAUGAUAAGCGACGCUACGGUCGAGAAGGAAGAUUCCCAUGCCGGAAAAGUGUUGCUCCGUUCCUGGUAUGAGCGCAAUAAGCACAUCUUCCCUGCUUCACGAUGGGAACCGUAUGAUCCAACCAAGGUUUACGAUAAGUACACGAUAAAGGACAAAAGCAAGAAGUAAUAUUAGAUAGCUUAGCCAUAAAUGGACCCUACGAAAAGAAGGUGUAAUAUCAACUUGAACGAUAACUACAUUCGAAUCCAGUUGUUGGUGAAUUUCGUGUUUAUUAUACGCAACUGUUCCACAAAUACAAAAUUAAGCGACCAUCUCAAUCCAUCGGACCUAGAUGUUAAUGACCCGGCUAAGUUU